AUGGGGUCCUUGGGCAGUCGGAUCCUGAGAUGCAGGGAAUCAGGCAUAGCUGAUCCGCAUCAGCCAGAAGCCCAGGUAGAUCCCAGUUAUGUAUCUGCCAGCCGUAAACGCAAGUGGAGCGGAUCCAGUUUGGGCCCAGAGUCCGAGAACAGCCGCAGGUUUCUAGACCAGGAAGAGAAUCUACAACAAGUCGUCACCACAAAUCACCGUAAAAAAGUUAAGAUAACAUCUGAGUAUGCUUACCAAACUUUGUUUUUGAAUGGGGAAAACAGUGACAUUAAAAUCCGUGCUCUGGGAAAUGUGUGGUGUUUACACAAAAUGUUUUUAUUUCAGUCAGGCUACUUUGCUACUAUGUUUAGAGAUUCUUGCAAAGCAUCUCAAGAAGAUGUUAUCAACCUAGAGAUUAAGGACCAGAAUAUAGAUGCAGAAUCCCUACACUUUGUACUAGGUUCACUGUACAGAGAUGAAUAUGUCUUAAGGGAGCUCCUUCAAGUUCCAAGAGUUUUGGCAACAGCACACCUGCUUCAAGUAGAGGACUUAAUUCAGCAGUGUGAGGAAACCAUGAAGGAAACAAUUAAUGUGAAAACUGUAUGUGUCUAUUAUGCAGCAGCAGAAACCUAUGAGUUAGAUUCUGUAAAAACAAGGUGCUUUGAAUGGCUUCUCCAAAAUCUAAUGACACAUCCAAGUGUUGAACUUUACAAAAAACUCAGUAUAGAGCUCAUGAAUUUGCUAAUUUCUUCCGCUAAUUUAUUAGUAAUACAAAAGGAAAUAGAUGUAUACACCACACUUAAAGAGUGGAUGUUCCUUCAUCUUAACCCAGCUUGGAAAGGAUCAAUAAAUCAGCUUUUAGUUAAUGCAAACAACUGGUUUUUCAGGCACAGAGAACGUGAUGCUAACAUCGCCUUCCUUGAAACCAAACAAGGCAUAGCAUUUCAACCAGUGUUUAAAAAUUUGAGGUUUCAGCAUAUCAUCUGUGACCUGGCCUCCACAAGAGUUAUUGAACAAGAUACUCUAAUACCUGCAGAAUGGUUAUCACAAGUUUAUAAACAGCAAUGGUUUACCUUGCUUAGAGCACAACAAUGCAAGGAAAUUGGGCCUCGAUACACCAAUGAAACAGAACUUGAAAAAUAUAGCAUGAGGUGUGGUAAAAUGAUUGUCAAGGAUGGACAAUACUCCUGGAAGUGGUCAGGUUUCAACUUUGGCUUUCCUUUACAUAUCAUCUUCACCAGCCAUUAUAUAAUUUUCAAGCAAAAUACUUUUACUCAGUCAUGUUGUGGUUCAGUUAGUUUACAACCUCUAAGAAAUAUUGCAUUUAGAUUAACCUUGGUAUAUUUCGAUUCUAGUGGAAAAAUAAGUUUCAGUAAAACAACUGGUUAUAAAACCCUUACCUUUGAAAACGAUGAGGAAAAAGUGGUAAUGAAGUUGGAUAGCACAUCUCUGAACUUCCCUUUAUAUAUAUUCUGUAACUUCCUGUUUGUAUCAUUGGAAAAUUCAGGAAAUUGA